AUGUUCUUGUUCGCGUCUCUGAUCGAUGCUGCUCUUGUUCAUGUCUCUGAAUCUUCUGUUCGCAGCAGCCCAGGCCCAACGAUUCAGCGAAGUUCUGAUGAAGUGAUGAUGUUUGACUCUUAUCAAAAUCCCAAAUUUUCGAAAUUGAUAUUUGACUUUGGAAAGUUUCAACUGGUCUCGGUCCCAUCAUCUCCACGAUCUCGGGAUUCUGGUUUUCCAACUUUCAUUAUCAGAAAGCUAAUUCCAAGUCGCAACCUCCAAGGUCUCGACUCAUCAUUCUUGUGUCGCAACAAAUCUGCAAGAUCUCGAGUCCUCUUAUUCAAGUCGCAACCGAAUUCAAGUCGCUACCUGCAUCUGUCAUCACCUUCAGCAGGUUUCGAGUCCUUCUUCUCCACCGACAACGAGUCGCAACCGACAUCAAUUCUGAGGUCUCGACUCCAACUGUUAUCACCAUUGUCUCGACUCAUCAAGUAUCGAUAUCUUCACUGGUCUCGACACAACUCACUGCCGUUCUCGACUCAUCAACAUUCCAGUCGCAACCAUUGUCUCGACUCGCACCGUAUCCGACUCGCAAUCUCGAGUCGCAACCGCGGUUUCUACUUGCAACUCAGUUUCGACAUCAUCUGCUGGUUAUCAUCGUUCACCAUCUUCAUCCUUCACGGUCUCGAGUACGAAAGCAUAUCCUUCACGGUCUCGAUUCCCUUCGAUCAACAGCAUCUUGAGUCGCAACCGUCGUUCCGAGUCGCAACCGUCAAAACCUGCAACUCAUCAACUCCGGUCUCGAGUCACUCUCUGACUCGCAACCACGGUUCCGAGUCCAACCGUUUCGACUCGCAACCAUUGAUUUCGAGUUCCUGUCGCAAUCUCAGCCUCUCGUUCCAUCAUCAUCUCUGCAACUAUCUUCUUCCCGUCUCCGACAAACUUUUCCGAUCACUCACCUCUGAUCGUACAUCAUUCACCACCUUUGUCCGCCGUCAUCAUUCUCCGUUCUUCGUUCAUCUUCGUCUCCGUUCAUACUCCAACCACCGUAGUCUCACAACCGUUCACCUUCAUCGUCUUGCUCGUCUAUAGAUUUGGCGGUUACAGAUUGAUAUUAGAGUUCC